AUGCUCCUCGACUUCACGCCCUCCUUCCAGUCACGCCAGCACACUCACUAUGCAUUCCCAGAUCCUAACCGUCUUCUCGCUGCUAAGGUUUCUGCGCAGGUUCCAGCAAUUCUCGCCCAAGCCACCACAACCCCAGGCCUCAACAUCACAGCCCUGGACGCAAUCGACGGCUCUUCAAUCCUCCAAUGCUGGCAACUCGACCCUUUCACAGUCAGCUCUACACCCGGCACAGUCGGGGAGGCGAGUAAUGUGUCGUAUACUGUGAUCCCACCAAGGACGAAUGCUGGGUUGCAUGUGGCGCCUGCUGCUCAAUUCGUGGUGUUCUUGAGCGGACUUAUCCACUUAACGCUGCCCAACUCGACAGAUGAGGCGUGGGUUGUGGGUGGGAAAUAUGGGAUGAUUCUUGCGGGGGAUACGGCGGACGUUUUGGGGAUUGGAGGUAAUGUGCUUACUAUUGAUCUCUGCGUUCUAGGCACGUUCGGGCACAAUACAGAGUACCCCGGUAACGAGGCUACGGUUGCGGUACAGGUCCCGUUGGCGCCUGGGAUGAAGUUGAAUCAUACUGUGUUGCAAGAAGUUGGAUGUGGGUUUGAAGAUUAUGUUGGGCUGUAG